GAACAUGGAUUUGGUUUAUCUUUUAGGUUUGUCAUUGGAAGGACGAAGGACAAAGAAAAAAUGGCAGAUCUUCAGAAAGAGGUAGACAUGUAUCAUGACUUUUUGUUUAUUGAUGCUGAUGAGGGUACAAAGCCCCCAGAGAAGAUGUUAGCAUAUUUCAAAGCAGCUUAUGACAUGUUCCACGCAGAAUUUUACGUCAAAGCUGAUGAUACUAUCUAUCUGCGCCCAGAUAGACUUGCUGCUCUCCUUGCAAAGGACCGACUUCAUCACCGGACUUAUAUUGGUUGCAUGAAGAAGGGACCGGUUGUCAGUGAUCCGAAUAUGAAAUGGUAUGAAAGUUCAUAUGGAUUAUUAGGUAAUGAGUACUUCAUGCAUGCAUCUGGUUCACUGUAUGCUCUUUCUUCAGAAGUGGUGGGAGCUAUAGCUACUACAAACAAUGAUAGUUUAAGGAUGUUUGAUUAUGAGGAUGUUACUAUUGGCUCAUGGAUGCUUGCCAUGAAUGUAAAUCAUGAAGACAACCGUGCAAUGUGUGAUUCCACAUGCACUCCCAGCUCCAUUGCUGUAUGGGACAGCAAGAUAUGUUCAGGCUCUUGUAACCCCAUUGAGAAAAUAAAGGAGCUGCACAACACAACUUUGUGCUCAAAAAGCCCAACAUUACCGCCUGAAGUGGAGGAGGAAGAGUAGAAUAUUAUACUGAUACGUUAUUGACCCAUGAAUGGGCUAUUGUGUGGAUGCCAAUGUCUCCCUUAUGGGGAAAUUGGAUUCAUUAUCGCCUGGAGUUAUAUUGUUGUAUGUAUCACCGAUCUUGUUUGGACGGCAAUCUUUUUGUAGCCUCUUGCUGCCGGAGGACACGUGCAGAAGAUACCACAAGACCAGCGGGGUAUUUGAGUGCAUACCACCAAUUGAUCGUGCAAACAACGUCCGCGUUAGGUUCAGGUAUAUUCACAAGUGGGGAUACUUAUUUAUAGUUGAUGUUCACCGAUGUACAUACACCACUGUGAUAUGUUGCUAUGUCCUGUUGGUUGGGCACCUGACAGUAUGAUCAGGGUUAUUUAUAGUUGGUGCCAUCUGAUUCCAGUUGUCUGGCCCCAUCUUGUGAUGGUUGUAAUUAUGCUCGUUGCUUAGGCACUUAAGGUACCUGACAGCAUUGAGCCAUUGCUGGAUGGAGGAUUUUAUUGGUUUACUUAUAGAUUUUGUGCUUAAUACUGUGCU